AUUAUGAAAAGCGAAACAAUGCGUAUUCAACAUGAAUUACAAGCUCAGAAAGAAAAGAUAAAAGAAAACACAGAGAAAAUCAAAGUGAACAAGACACUGCCAUAUUUAGUAUCAAAUGUAAUUGAGCUGUUAGAUGUGGACCCACAGGAUCAGGAGGAAGCAGACGGUGCUAAUGUUGAUCUGGAUUCACAACGCAAAGGCAAGUGUGCCGUCAUCAAGACCUCUACAAGACAGACAUACUUUCUUCCUGUCAUCGGACUUGUAGAACCAGAAAACCUAACCCCAGGUGAUCUUGUUGGCGUAAACAAAGAUUCUUACCUUGUCUUAGAGACUUUACCUGCAGAAUAUGACUCAAGAGUAAAAGCUAUGGAAGUCGAUGAGAGACCAACAGAGCAAUACAGUGACAUUGGUGGGUUAGACAAACAGAUCCAGGAGCUCAUAGAAGCAGUAGUACUGCCAAUGACACACAGGGAGAGGUUCGACAACAUGGGUAUCCAGCCUCCUAAAGGAGUGUUGCUGUAUGGUCCUCCUGGCACUGGAAAGACCUUAAUGGCUAGAGCCUGUGCUGCCCAGACGAAGUCCACAUUCCUGAAACUAGCUGGUCCUCAACUAGUUCAGAUGUUUAUUGGGGAUGGAGCCAAACUUGUGCGUGAUGCGUUUGCUCUUGCCAAAGAGAAACAGCCUGCUAUUAUAUUUAUUGAUGAAUUAGAUGCGAUUGGAACAAAACGUUUCGAUAGUGAGAAGGCGGGAGAUCGAGAGGUUCAACGAACUAUGUUGGAAUUACUUAAUCAAUUAGAUGGAUUUAGCUCAACAUCUGAAAUCAAGGUGAUCGCAGCCACUAACAGAGUUGACAUCUUGGAUCCAGCAUUGUUACGAUCAGGUCGAUUGGAUCGAAAGAUUGAAUUCCCUAACCCAAAUGAGGAAGCCAGGGCACGAAUUAUGCAGAUCCACUCUAGAAAAAUGAACGUUGGAAAAGAUGUUAAUUUUGAAGAGUUGGCACGCUGUACGGAUGAUUUUAAUGGGGCUCAAUGUAAAGCGGUUUGUGUAGAGGCUGGUAUGAUUGCUUUGAGGAGAGGAGCUCCAGAACUUUGUCAUGAAGACUACAUGGAUGGUAUUCUUGAGGUCCAGUCCAAGAAGAAAGCCAAUCUUAACUACUAUGCCUGAACAACGCCCUCUACAUUAUCCACUGAACAGCGCCCUCAAUUUAAUAACUCUCCAUAAUAAUUUCAUGAUAAGAUUACUACAACUUAGCAUAAUUCUCAAGUUAAGAUAAAUAUACAGUAAUUAUCAUUUUAUAAUUUACAGGUUGAUUUCGAUAGGCUGUAAUUACUUCAAUAUGCCAUUAUAUUUUUAAGGCGUAGAGUGGAUGAGUGGAGAGAGGCA